CCCUGGAUCUCUGCAGCUCAGUUGGAGGCCACGGAGAAAAUGCCUACUAUUCCCAUGGGAGCCCCUGCCCUGCUGUGGGUAGUUCUGCUGCUUUUCUCUCCAGAUGGCCUGUCAACAGUCAUCUGGAAAUCUAAGGUGUUCUUGAAUCCACCAUGGAGAGAAAUAUUUAGAGGAGACACUGUGAGUCUGACAUGUGGUACGAACAGUUCCUCUGAAGAUGAGUCCCCUGUGUGGAUCCACAAUGGAACUCGUUUGACAGUGUCAGAUCCAAGAUUGGACAUUGUGAAUGCAGACAUGCGGAACAGUGGGGAAUACCAAUGCCGAAUCAAAGGAUAUGCCGUUAGUGAACCUGUGUACCUAAAUGUCACCAGUGACUGGUUGCUCCUUCAGGCCUCUGCUGAGGUGAUGUUAGAGGGUGAGUCCCUCUUCCUCAGGUGCCACAGUUGGAGGAAUCUGAAUGUCUUCAAGGUGAUCUACUACAAGGAUAACACAUCUCUCAAGUACUGGUAUGAGAACCACAACAUGUCCAUCACCAAUGUCACAGAAGAAGACAGUGGCAUCUAUUACUGCGAGGGUAGAGUUCAGAGGCUCCACCGCACCUCUAAUAAACUCAGGAUUACAGUUAAAAAAGAGUACACGUACACUCAAAGCAACUAUUUCUGGCUACAAUUUCUUAUCCCAUUGUUGGUGUUGAUUCUGUUUGCUGUGGACACAGCAUUGCUUAUCUCAACCCAGAAGCAGUUCACGUUACUCUUGAAGAUGAAGAGAACCAGGAAACGUAACAGAUUUACGGACCCACAGCCUAAACCAGAUCCCCCAGGGAACUGAUGUCACUCAAGAAACCUCUGCAAUAGCAAUUUCUUUUUGGCUUUAGUCAACGCUUCUCAGUUGUCAAAGACAAUUCACAAGGUACAUAGAAAAUGCUCACGGCUUUAUAGAACUGCUUCAUUAAACUGGUCAAGUGGCAUGUAAUAGUAAGUGCUCAAUAAGCAUCAUUUAUGUAAGUAAAGAAAUGAAUAGAUUCAUUUAUUAGCAUCUGUAAAAGAGAUAUACAACUUGAAUAAAAGUAUGAAACCAUGUAA